GACGACGGACAGACAGACAGAGAGCAUAGUCGUCGUCGGACACACUUUGCACUGUUGCUCUCUAUUCGUUACUACACUACAACGAUCAACGACAUACGCACAGCACACGGCACACACACACACGGUGACACGGAGUGAUCAUCACGCAAACGCGCACGCCCGUCCGUCUGCUGCGAGCACCAGGUCGCCCGGCCGCACGACCACCACCACAGCGCCACCACCACUUUGCCCUUCCCCUCUGUCCCCCUCCCCCUCUCGCCCACCUCCGAUGCUCCGCCGCACACUCGCUGCCGCAGCGCUCGCAGCGACCUCCGCCGCCGCCUUCACCUUCACCACGUCGCAGGCGGCGCAGUGCGAGCCGUGGACCAUCACAUGGGAUGGCGGCCAAAGUCCAUUCAAUCUCGUCCUCGUCCCGACGCUCGAGGGCCCCAAUGGCCACCUCGCCAACAUCUCCAUCCCUGCGCAGAGCGGCACUCCGCCCUACAAGUACAGCUUUGACCUCGACCAGCCCGAGGGCCUGCAGAUGGUUGCGACCAUGUACGACUCGACGGGCUGGGGCAGCGGCGGCGUGAGCCCUAUCAUCACCGUGGGCCGCUCCCCGUCGGGCAACUCGAGCUGCCUUAAAUCUGCACCAUCACUAGACUUUGGCUUCUGGCUCGACCCGACAACCAACCCGCCGCAAUGCAGCAGCGUAGCCGUGGCGUGGAACUCGUCGACGGCAGUCUACCCCGUCAAGCUGUAUGGCAUUGUGCCUGCCGGAACGGCUUGGAACAUCCCCGUGUCGCAGGACAAGAACACGCCGACGAUCAACUGGGUCGCAAACAUUGCGGCCGGCACGCAGUUUGUGCUCCUCAUGAGCGAUGCGGGCAAGGUCGGGACAGGCGGGAGCACGCCGCUUUUGACGGUGCAGCAGAGCAAUGACAACACUUGUCUCAACUCGGGAAGCCCGUCGACCACGCCUGUAGUGACACCGUCGUCGACCGGCUCGUCGGCGCCGAGCUCGUCAGCACCGACGAAUACUGCCGGCGGCGCGGCCAGUGCCGCUCCAGCCAAGAAGGGCAAGAAUGUUUGGACGAUUGUCGGGCCGAUCCUCGCCGUGGUGCUUGCGCUCUUGAUCCUCGCGCUCGUUUUGCUGUGGUGCAGGAGCCGUCGUCGCCAGCGCGACUCUGACAAGCCCGGCAUGACCCCGUUAGCGAUGGAGGAGCGCGAUGGACGUCCCGGUAUCCUUGACGGCGGUCUUGACACGCCAUCAUCCGCCUUCAGCCCCGGCUUCUCGCCCGCCCACACGCCCGGACAUUCGCGCUUCAACAGCCGCACGACCAACAACCGUAACAGCUGGGGCGACUCGAACCCUAGCGCCAGUGUGCAUGGCGCGUACGAGGGCCAGCCGCGCGGUGCCCAGGCUCCAUCACUCCUCACCGACGGGCCAGAGGAGCACUUUGAGCUCCACCCCUUCCCAUUCGAGGAGUCGCAGGGCGGCACGUCGAGCUCGUCGCACCAGCCACGAAACAGCGGAUACACGACCGAGUCGGGCAAGCUCGAGGCAGAGUACGCUCGCGGCCGUGCCGCUGGCCACACGCGACUGUCCGAGUCGACCUCGGGCCCUAGAACUGGACCUUCUCCGCAGGGCGAGUGGGAGACGUCGUUUGACCCGCCCCCACAAUACUCUCUGCGCCUUGCCAACCCCGAUCAGUAGACGGCAGUGCCCGUCACCCGUCACCCGUCGCCCCGUCGCCCCGUCGCCCUGGUGACCCUUGUACACGAACACGAACAAUUUACACUCCCUGUGGAUAGUAUUCUUUCCCCCCUCGCAUCGGCCUGGCGCACAUGUAGUAGAAUGCCCCUUAACGAGUCCACAUAAUGAUGAAC